AUGGGACUGAGAAUCAUCAUCGUCGGUGGCGGAAUCGCCGGGCUCGCAGCCGCAAUUGCCCUUCGCCAAGGGGAUAGAGACAUUACCAUCCUGGAGCAAUCGGCUGUCAGCCAGGAAAUCGGCGCCACGAUAUCCCUCCAGCCAAAUGCAUCCAAGAUCGUCGAGCAGCAAUGGGGACUUGCAUCGAGUCUCAAACAGCAUGGCUCCAUGGUAGAUGAAGCGUUCGAGGUUUAUAAUCUCGAUGGCGAAAUGCAAAUGCGCAUUCCUCUACUGACGAAGGAUAAGUAUGGCGCUGAGAGAAUGAUGUAUCACCGUGCCGAUCUACAUCAAACACUCAAGGAGCGAGCUACGUCUGCCGACUUUCCGGGUCGCCCCGUAGCACUUCAUACAGCAAGCAGAGUUACAAGCUGUGACUGCGACAAGGGAACAGUGGAACUUGCUAGUGGACAAGUCCUAUCUGCAGACUUAAUUGUUGGAGCUGACGGUAUCAAAAGUGCGAUCCGUAAAUAUGUCCUCGGAGAGGAAGAGAACGCAAUACCAACAGGACUAUCCGCGUACAGGAUGAUGAUUCCAACGGAAGUCUUAGAACAGGAACCUGACUUCGUCAAGGUCAUCAAUCCCCGAAAGGGCUGUACGACAAUGGUAAUGGGCCGGGAUCGAAGAUUGAUCAUGGGCCCAGCAAGAAACGGCAAAAUUUAUAGUACCGUGGCCCUUGUGCCAGACGAGAGCAUGAACGAAAAUUCGGAGAACACUAGCUGGACAACAGCAGGUGACCACGACAAGAUGAUGAGAUCAUUCGCAGAGUUCCCGGAAUGGGCGAAGAAGCCUCUCCUGCUAGCCAGAGGGACGCCCUUGGGCCUAUGGCAGCUGCGUGACUUGGAUCCAUUGAAAACGUGGUAUCACGGCCGGGCGAUUUUGAUCGGUGAUGCAGCCCACGCUAUGUUACCCACACAGGGUCAAGGUGCCAGCCAGGCCAUCGAGGAUGCGGAGGCAUUAGGGGCUUUCUUCGAUGGAUUUGAGAAAACUACCCCUUCCAACUCGCUAGAAACUGUGGCCCUGACCAACAAGGCUAUUUUCAGAUGCCGCUAUGAUCGAGCAACAACGAUACAAGCGUAUAGCCGUCAAGCUGCGAAGCCGGCCACUGAGACCGGUACUCGGAAAGUGCAGAUGAAUCCAGCAGAGUUCAUGGACUAUAACUGCUCUUACAGCGGUGCACUCGACUGGCAAAGGCGUCAGGGGGUGGAAACUUAGUGCAUUAUGUUAGAAUACCAUGGCCAUCCCGACGGUCAAUACCGCUGUAUGGCAUUCCCCAUUCCUCGCAGAGGUCUUGGAUUCGGUAGUCCGUAAAAAGCCCAAAGUCGUCUCCCAUACCCCGGAGUAUAUGCAGU